UAAAGAAGAGAAGAGGGAAGAGGAGAGAGUCCCCCCACAUGAGGGCGAGAUCUGACUGAACUUCAUUCUGCCAUUCACACAAUAUGAAGAAAUGUGGGAAAGCAGAUCAGUGGAGGAUGAGAGAGAGAGAGCCGUGUCAUUGAGUGCCAGCAAGAAGAGAGGAGCAGUUAACUCAGACGUGCUGCGGCCCGACACACACAUGCUCCACCUCACAACAACACACAUGCACUCACGGCUGCACGCACAUGCACACUGACACAGCUCUAGCUGGAGUUAGUCUGGAAACAGAGGACAGGCAUCUCUGAAGGCGAGAAGGGGGCCUGAAGAAAGAAAGACAGGGAAGGAGAAAGAGAGAGAGAGGAGGGGCUGCUUUGGAACUGACUCACUCCAACACCUGAUCUCCACACAGCUGGAAGGAAAACCACGCUGGACACGCUGUCUGAGGAGACAGAGUUGGAUGUGAGAGGCGGUGUGGUGUGGAGAGAACAAGAUCGAGAGAGGGCACGCAAGUCCACGGCCAGAGCCAGCAGCAGGAGCAGGAGCAGCAGCAGCGGUGCAGGGGGAGGAGGAGGAGAAGGAGAAAGCUCCAUGCAGUUCAGCACCAGACCGGCCAGCGCCGAGCCGGGCUUCAUGGGGACAUGGACACAGCAGAGCACUGACAGCAACCUCCUUUUCAGAAUGUCCCAGCAGGCCAUCCGCUGUACUCUGGUAAACUGCACAUGUGAGUGUUUCCAGCCUGGAAAAAUCCACCUCCGGACAUGUGACCAUUGCAAGCAUGGAUGGGUCGCUCAUGCUCUAGACAAGCUGAGCACACAGCAUCUGUACCACCCAACACAGGUGGAGAUUGUGCAGUCCAAUGUGGUGUUUGACAUUAGCAGUCUGAUGCUGUAUGGGACUCAGGCAGUACCUGUGAGGUUGAAGAUACUGCUGGACCGUCUGUUCAGCGUCCUCAAACAAGAAGAGGUUCUGCACAUCCUCCAUGGCCUGGGCUGGACCCUGAGAGACUAUGUUAGAGGCUACAUACUUCAGGAUGCUGCAGGAAAGGUUCUGGACAGAUGGACAAUAAUGUCCCGGGAAGAGGAGAUCAUCACUCUACAACAGUUUCUGCGCUUUGGUGAAACCAAGUCUAUUGUGGAAUUGAUGGCCAUCCAGGAAAAGGAGGGUCAGGCAAUUACAGUGCCCUCAUCAAAGACUGACUCUGGCAUCAGAAAUUUUAUUGAAAACAACAAUCGAACACGUAGCCCUGGCCUUCUGUCGCACCUAGAGAACAACAGCCCCUCUAGUAUUCACCAUUUUGAGAACAUUCCAAACAGUCUGGCCUUCUUGCUGCCAUUCCAGUAUAUCAACCCAGUAUCAGCCCCCAUGUUAGGUCUGCCACCAAAUGGACUGAACAUUGAGCAAUCAAGUCUCAGAAUGCGAGAGCCAAAUCUGCCCAAUCAGAGUGAGCAGGUGGAGACCAGUGAAUCUGAAGUGUCCCUCUCACCGUUUCGUAGUGGUCAGAGCCCAAGUCGUGGAGCAAUAGGGACCUUACCCAACGCCAUUGAACCUAAAAUAGAACCCAACAGAUCUUCACCCAUUUCUCCAACACCAUCUACACAGCAGUCACAGCAACCACAUACACCAACACAGCAACAGGGGCAGCAACAGUCAACCUCUCUGAACAACCACCAGAUCCAUCACCAUUUUGAAAAGAAUGAACAAUCGAAAACCAUUACACACUCUUCUUUCUCUUCCAAAAUGCAUCGCAUGCGUCGAAUGGGUACAACCUCACGUAAGGGUCGUGUUUGCUGCAACUCCUGUGGCAAGACUUUCUAUGAUAAGGGCACUCUAAAAAUCCAUUACAAUGCUGUACAUCUGAAGAUUAAACACCGUUGUACUAUUGAAGGCUGCAAUAUGGUCUUCAGCUCUUUGAGAAGUCGUAACCGCCAUAGUGCUAAUCCCAAUCCUCGCCUGCAUAUGCCUAUGCUAAGGAACAACCGGGACAAGGACCUCAUUCGCUCCAGUUCUGGGACUGCCACACCCGUCAUAUCAAGUGCCAAAAGUGGCUUCAAUAUAACUAGCCCAGGGCGGCCACCACUAAGUUUUGCCACCCCUCCUCUUGACCCCAUGAUACAUUCACCUCUGCAGAGCCCUCUUGUCUUCCCUUCCCUGAAGUCUGUGCAGCCAGUGCAACCUGUGCCACCCUUUUAUCGCACAUUGCUCUCACCUGCUGAGCUAGUUAGUCCUCCAGUCUCUCUGCCUACCAGUCCAAUUUUGCCUACCACAAUCAACAGCACAUCUUUGACGGAUCAGCAACAGAUGUUAGCGGCUAGCUCCCACAACAUGGAUGUAUCUGAAACAUCAACAUUUUCUCAUCACCUACCCACAACUCCCAGUACCCAAGAUUCCAUGACUCUCGACCCAAUGCCUAAAAAGAAGCCUCGUAAAUCCAGUAUGCCAGUAAAGAUAGAGAAAGAAGUGAUAGAUGUGGCAGAUGAUUAUGAUGACAAAGAUGAUGAUGAUGAAGAUAGUUGUCACCAUCACCACCAUCAGCCACCCAACAUCCAUAAUAAUGUCAAUGGCAAUGGCAACUGCAACAACAACAAUAACAGCAGCAGCAGCAGUCAUCAUUGUGGGGGUAGCAGACAUCAGUCUCCAUCACAGAAUGAAAUGAGUCCCAGUCUAGCCCUUAGAGGCAUGCUCCAUCCUGACCAAGAAGAGUGUGUUGGGAAUCAUGGUGGUAGAAGUCAUGGCGACCUGCGCUGUAUUGACAGUUUUACCUCUGAGGACCAAGAUCAUGAGCGUGACUUUGAAAAUGAGUCAGAAACAUCUGAAUCUAAAAUGUUCUACCGGGAGGAGCUGAUGGAGACUGAAGAACAUCAGCCUGCCCUAGAGAGAAAUUUUGAUAAGGAAUACCAGGGGGUAAAAAAAGAUUUGGAGGAACAAAGACAUUCCCCACCUUCACAACACCAGCCUGUUAUCAAAAUCAAAGAAGAGAUCAAUGAUCCUACUUAUGACAUGUUUUGUAUGGGUCAAUAUAGCCUUUACAAUGGGGGUAUGGCAGCAGCUGCUGCCGCUGCUGCCAGCAUGGCUGCCUUACAUGAAAGUUUCAUCUCAUCAAUGAGCUAUGGAACAAGCCCACCGAAGUUCCCCUCCCAGUCCCCUGAGGAUGAUCUCUGCACUAGUCCUGAUCCCAAGAUCUGCUACGUCUGCAAAAAGAGCUUUAAAAGUUCAUACAGUGUUAAAUUGCACUACAAGAAUGUGCACCUAAAAGAGAUGCAUGUGUGUACUGUGGCUGGAUGCAACGCUGCUUUCCCCUCCCGACGGAGCAGAGAUAGACAUAGCUCCAACAUCAACCUGCACCGCAAACUACUGACCAAAGAGCUGGAUGACAUUGUCCUGGACCCCCAGCUUACAACCUUGCCUAAAGAUCUGCGUGCUGAGUUCCUAUCAAAGAUCUAUGUUGACCACCACCUGGGACUGGAGGGGGUGGGAAUUGCUGCCAGUGGACCACCACGAGGCAGAAGACACGAGGGAAUGAGAUCCCCAGUCACAAGAGUAUAUUCACACAGCAAUGGCUAUUGCCAUGGUCCCAAUGAUGACUACAUGGUGCUGGACCUGAGCACUGCCUCUAGCGUACAGUCAAGUGGCAGUGUGCAAUCCUCACAGGAGUCUGAUGAGGGCAGCGAUGAUGGCAUCCUGCUGGAUGACCUGGAGGGUGCUAGUGAAACUGAGGACUGCAACCCUAGUUCUGGGGCUCAGAGACUGGCAAGGGAGGGAAAGGAUGGGGAAGAGGCCAGGAAGGAAGGAAGAGAAGGAGGCACAGAGGAGGGGAUUCUGCACUGUGACCCUUCCUUGUCACCAUCCAUCUUGGCAUCCAGUGGAGGUAAUGGUACAGGAGGCAUCCUUUGCACCAUCUGCCACAAACUGUACAGUAACAAAGGGACUCUUCGGGUGCACUACAAGACUGUCCACCUGCGAGAAAUGCACAAAUGCAAAAUACCUGGUUGUAACAUGAUGUUUUCUUCUGUAAGAAGCAGAAACAGACAUAGCCAGAACCCCAACCUACACAAAAAUUCCCCUUAUACCACAAUGGUUGAUUAGAUCAAUCCACACAUCAUCCACACAACGACCCCCUGUUCAUCCCCCCACAACAGUCCCAUAUUGCUACAAAAUAGCAUUAUUCCUCUUAAACGUCUUUUCAAGUAUGAAAAGAGCAGAAUUUUGCCCUUUUGACAUUUCCGUUUUUGGAAGCAAAGGACUUAACAUACAAUAUAACACCAUAUAUCACUCAAUCCCUGACACAAACUUCUUCUCAAUCUCUUAUUUGUGACUCUUGCCUGCAGAAAUGAUCUUGGGGGAAAAAAUCCUGCAUUUGUGUAAUAAUAGCUUUUAAAAGAAUCCCAUACAAGUGCAUGACUGGCUUAAAUAUGUAAAUAAUGUUGUUAGGGGCUUUGGUGUGAAACAGUUGUAUUGAUGGUUGAUAUUUUGUUCAAUUGUUUUUUUUUUUUUUUUGUUGUUGUUGGUUUUUUUUUUUCGUUUUCUUUUACUGUAAUACUUUCAUUUUAAUUAGGUAAGGUAAUCAAGACAAAGUAGCAUCUGCCUAGCUUGAUUCAUUUAUAUUGGCUUUAAAAAAAAAGUUUUAGAAAAGAAAAAAGUUAAAUAUGUGACUUGUGACUUGUUUUAUCUACCUGUUAGAUAUACAGAUGGAGCUGGCAUGCUUUAGCUCUAAAAAGUACUUUUUUAUUUUCUCAUGUUUAUAGCUUUAGUAAAAAAAAAAAAAAAAAAUGAAAAGAAAAAAAAUGCACUUUGCAACUAUACUAGUGGGACUUGUAAUAAUAUUACAAGGAUAACACUUUACAAUGAUGGUUGUCCAACAUGGAAAGGACAUUUUUAAGGAUACAGUACCAAAUGAUAAUUACUGUACCUUGAAUAAUAAUAAAAAAUAAAAAAAAAACGUGCCAGAUUUUUAUAUGAGAGUAAUCUCAUUUGACAUGAUUAAACCCAAUAUUCAUAUCAUUUAAUAAGUGUUUCAGGUAUAUUCAUUUGAAUGCAGUAAAUAAGUAUUACUGACUCUGAUCAUAACAUUUGACGAGUAAACAUUUGAAGAGUGUAAGUGUAUGGUUAAAGGCUGAACUAGCUCAGAGGUUAGGUAGAUAAUCUUUCUACUGCAUGUAGUAUUACUUUAAAAGUGUUAGUAUGUGUCCUGUAAUUUAUUUUGUCUCUAUAAAUUUGAGCAAUUUUAACAUAUAGAAAUGCCAUUGACUUUUCAGUGUGCCACAAACGAGAGGCUAUAAUCUGUGACCAAAAUCAAAGACAACGUUCCAACACCCAAUGAAAAGAAAUUACAGUGAGAAGAAGUUACAGUAGUUUGCUGUCUCCUCCAAUGCAUUAUUUCCAGACAUUCAUUGACUGUUUAAAAUUUUUAUCAUUAUCUUGUUCAUGGCAUGCAUUGUCUAUUGGCCACACAAUAACAAGACAAAAAAGAAAGCACUAUUAAAUUUGAACCAGUUA